AUGAUCUAUUUCGUUUUCUUAUUACCGCCAAUGGCUUAUAAUACAGCUUACGCAAUUGCCUUACCUUGGGAUGGUGGUUCAGAUUAUUUCUGGGCAACUCAGUAUUUGGGAUACUAUACUGUACUAUUAACUCCAUUUGUUUGUGUUCUAUCAUUGCCUGAAUUCCGAGAAAAAUGCAAAGCAUUAUUUGUCUUUCGGCCAAGACGUACCAUCAUUCCGAUUGGGACUACAACAAAUAACAGAAACGAUGCACAAGCUUGGACACUGAGAACAGCUCCACGGCAAUUCAAUUCUUAA